AUGGACUUCUCCGAAUUGCUGCAGCAGGCCGAGAAGAACAAGGAGAAGCUCGAGAAGAAGGUCUCCACCAUCAAAUCGACGAUCGAUCGUGAGCAGCAACAACGCUUGCAGCAUCUUCAAAAGCGCCGAGAAGCCGAGAAGGAGGAGCUGCGCCUGCGACAAAAACGGGAACUGCUCGAGAAACAGCGGAAGGCGGCUCUAAAACCAGAGGGACCAGCCGUUGAUCGCGACAAAAUUGCUCGAUUCAAGGCUCAGAAAGAAGAAGACCGGAUUCAGCGAGAGAAAGAAGCGAAGAAAGAGAAGGAAAGAUUGGCCGAGCUGAGAUUGCAGGCAAAUGGCGGAAAGGCAAACAAGAAGAUUGCCCGGCAUUUCGGCAUCGACCCGGUGAAUAUGCAGAUCAGAUAUGGGAAUAGCCAUGAACAUAUCGAGACACUGCAAAAGAGGAGGAGCAAAGAACAGGAGGAACAAGACAUGCUGGCCGACAGUCUUCGCGGCGGUGUCCACAAGGCGUUGCAACUCAAGCAAAAGGCGGAACAAUUGCGCGGUAAACUGCCAGCUGAUGAGCAUCGACGUGUCGGCACGAGCAAGGAGAACAGUCUGGCUGGAAUGUCGUCUCGUCAUCGCCAUAGUCGUGAUCACUUCUCGCCACCUCGCGAUUCGAAGGGACAACCGAAGAAAGUGGAGCCCAAUUCAAAACGGCCCCCACCCCCGGCCGCCCUCGAUUUUAGUGAAUUGAUGGCGAUCGCUUCGGGAAAAGCCGCUGCUCCAGCCAGAAUCCAAGAAGAGAAGCCAUCCUUCUCUUCUUCUGCUAAUCGCCCGGAAGCCAAGCCCUCUUCUUCCGUCUCCCACAAAAUGCCCACCAUCUCGGCUUCCGCUUCCGCUACUUCUUCAUCCCAUCUCAAGCCGCAUAUGCCAAGUGCCCCUCCCCCUGCCCCAAUGCCCCAAAAAGAGAAGCGGAAGCCGUUCACGAAAGGUCCGACGCCUCCUCCAAUCAUUCCACCAGCUGUACCCGGAAAGAAAUAUCUACCCGGUGAUGUCAGAUAUCAGCCACCAGCCCCUGGAGAGCGUCGAAAAGAUGUCGAAAAGCAGAGCGGAAGCGGAAUGAGACGGGAGAAGGCCUCCUCCUCCUCUUCAUCAAAAUCAGCACCACCAUCGGCUCCGUCCUCUGCCCCUCGUGCUCCCCAUCAUCAUUCCAGUCGGCCACCGAUUAAGACGAUGGGCGAACUGUUCAGCAAGGGAUCGGCAGAAAAGCGACGUGCCUCUGAAGCUGGAGACGGCCAUUCAUCCACAUCGGGUGGUCAAUCCUCUACAAAAAAAGGAAAAUACACGGCACCGCUUGGCGGAACGAUGAAGCCGUCGGAUUACAGUGGGGGAAAUAUGCGCUCGAAGGAGACACAGAUGAUAUUCGAGAAGAAGAGACGAGAGAUGGAGAGAAAGAGGAGAGAGGCAGAGAAGCAGAGACAAUUGGAGGGGAUGAGUCUAUUGGAGAGGGAACGAAUCAGAGACGCAGAGAAAAGGAAGGCCGAGCUCGGAUUCUCUAGGGAUGAGGUCGACGAAUGGGAGGAGGAGCUCGAGGAUGAGGACGACUACGACUCUGAAAUGGACGAUUUCAUCGACGAUUCUGCGGCCGAUGAUGAACGGGCACUGAGGAGGGAACUCGAGAGCGCUUGCCAGGGCAUCAACAAGAACUACCACAAAAAGGAUAUGUGGAAGAUUCGCGAGCGACUCAUCAAUGAAAGGGACAUGGAGUCGAAUUUUAAGCAGAUCGAUAUGGAAGAGCGUCGUUCCCGUCGUCAGGGUCUUCUGGAGGAUAUUCGUGAAGCGAAAAAGGGCAACAGUGAGGUCAUC